GGUUACAGAAAAGAGCGAGAGAGGGCUCAUGGGCUGGUGGGCUAUUUAAACCAGAGAGGAUGGCCUCGCAAAGGCAGAGGUAACAACCAAGGUGAGGCCACUCAAAAAGAGUGAUAGUGAUUUCAUCUUCCCCAAUCUUUGUGUUUAGGGUUUCUGCAGCUUGUUUUGAUCAAUUCUUCUUCUUACUCCCCCCCCUUCUCUCAAACAUCCCGCUUCUCUGAAUCCCUUUCUGUCAUCGUCUGUCUUUCAACUUCUGUUUUGGGGAAGUAUAAAGCAGACCCGUGAGGGUGUUUUUUGAAAGCCAGGUGAUUCAGAAUCGAGAUCCAGCUUCUUUUUUAAGUUUUUUAUUUUUGGUUUUUGUUUUUGGUAAAGCUAGUUUUGGUUUUUUCUUUGAUCAAAACAACCAAAAGGGUUUGUUUUUCUGUCCCUCAGGUUGGUUUUGGUUCUUAUUUUGGUUUCUUCAGUAGAUUUAAUCUCUGUUUUUUAGCUUUUUUUGUCUUAAAAAUCUAACCUGCUCUUUAGUUUUGGUAAGAAACAGGUUGGUUUUGGAAAUAUUUUAUAUAUCUUUUUCGCUUGUGAUAUUGUGUGGAUUAGUUAUUGCAUACACAGCUGAGAAGGCAUGGCGGCAGCUAUAGAUACCUACGGUAGCAGGCUGGUUUUCUCAGAUCCACUUGGGGAAGAGCUAAUGAAAGCACUUGAACCUUUUAUGAAAGGUGCUUCAUCACCGUCCUCUUCUUUAAACCCUUUCCACUCUUUUUCUUCUUCGCCCUCUACCUCUACUUCAUCUUCUUUAUCUCCCCGUUCUGAAUCUUUUGCUUCUUCCUCUUCCCCAUCUUCUUCUCCUCCUCCAUCAACAUCAUCAUCAUCAUCAUCUUCUACUACUUAUUCUCUUUUCCCUCUCUGUUCUUCCUCUCAGCCCAACCUGUACCCUGAAUUUUGCUCACCAUCGACUACCCACGUGUUUUCUCAAGGGUUCUCGAGCCAGGACGAUAUGGGUUUCGAGCAAACAGGCUCAAUAGGGCUGAACCAACUCACCCCUUCCCAGAUCCUUCAGAUUCAAGCCCAAAUCCAAUUACAGCAGCAGCAGCAGCAGCAACAGCAAGCUGCUGCCAUGACCGCAGCUUCAAUCCAUAACCAAAGCUUAAGCCAGUGGAGCCAUCAACACCAAAACGUCAACUUUCUGAGCCCCAAAGCCAUACCCAUGAAGCAUGCUGGCUCAUCCCCAAAGCCCACCAAGCUUUACAGGGGAGUGAGACAGCGACACUGGGGCAAAUGGGUUGCAGAAAUCAGACUUCCCAAGAACAGAACGCGACUCUGGCUUGGUACCUUCGAUACCGCCGAAGAAGCCGCUUUGGCUUAUGACAAGGCCGCGUACAAGCUCAGGGGCGAUUUUGCUAGACUCAAUUUUCCGAAUCUCCGGCCCUCUCACGUAGCCGGAGACUUUGGCGACUACAAGCCUCUCCAUUCCUCCGUCGACGCGAAGCUUCAGGCUAUUUGCCAAAGUCUGGCCAAUUCCCAGAAACAGGGGAACACGGGGAAGAAGAACGCAACGUCGAAGGCGGCGACGGCGACUCCCCCGGCAAAGAUGGUCUUUGAUAAUUCACCGAAACCGGAACCAGAGUGUUCAGCGCCGGAGGAUUUGAAGCAGGAGACCUCGUCGUCGCCGGCUAUGUCCGAUGCGGGUUCUUCCCCUGAAUCUGAUAUCACGUUCUGUUUCUCAGAAUGGCCAUGGGAAGAGUCUGACAGUUUGAUGUUGGAGAAGUAUCCGUCGGUGGAGAUCGACUGGGCAUCUAUCUAGAUCCCCAUUAAAAUGUAGUAUCAGUAUUUUUGAUUCUCCCUUGUUCAAGUUGCAGUCCUUUCUAGGUGGGGUUGUGUUUUUUUGGCUUUAAGGUUUAGGUCUCUUGUCUUUGGAGUAGCUUCCUCUGCGAUGGGGUUUUUGACAUUGCAGGGGAGGUGACAGUGUUGAGUCUGGGUGGGGGGUCAGCCAUUAGAGGGUUCUAGGGUAGUUCAGAGGCUGUGUGAGGUACGGGUUUAGAGCUCUCCACCUGGGUCUGCUGGUAUUUUUUCUUGGUAGACCAGGGAGAAUUCCUAGUUACAUGUUUUGUAUUUGUAAUUUUGUACUUGCAGGUCAUUGUAAUUAGCGCUGUAUUUCAAUGUCCAUAUAAUGUACUUUUGUCUUCUGGCA